GGGAAGGCUUGGAAUGUUACUCCAGGGGUGUUUCUCUCCUGCAGAAAGAACAAGCCAGGCAGUUCUGUCCCACAGGGAGUAUGUAUUUGGGAGGCUGAAAAAUAUCAGCUAUUUCCUCCUGGAGACAGAGCCAGGGAGGUCCAACUCCUUCAGAACAGGCUGCUGAGGUCCUGUCCCCCAUUCCUGGGCGAGGGGACAGUUUCCCUUGACCAUAGGGAGCAGAACACCAGGGAACUGGGAGUGACCGCAAAGCCGAGGGCAGGUUUAAGGUAGGUAUGAAAUGGGCUGCUGAACAGGGAACCAUCCGUUCUUGCUGUCUUCUCCCUCCUGCCUGGAACACAGCCUUGCCACACACUGUCCGGGGCAGCAACAUGGCAGAGAAUGACCUUGGAAAACAGCCUCGGAGAAGGAUUAUGUUUCUUGCAAUGCCCAGGUUAGGGUUAAGACAGUUGCAGUGAGAGGGCACAAGCAGCCAGCUCUUGAUCCUCAGCGCCCCUACUACGUACCCACACUGGGUUCCUCAUGGGGUGACCACAUUCUCAGCUACGCAGGCUCUCUUCCCGCCCUCUCACUCCAGUCUCUGCCUCCGUCUUCACGUGCCUCUAUUCCCUCUGUGUGUACCUGUGCAUGUGUCCAGAUUCCCCCCUUGUUAUAAGGACACCAGUCAUUCCAUUAGGGCCACCAUACUCCAGUAUAACCACAUCUCAACUAACCACAUCCACAAAGACCCUACUUCCAAAUGAGGCCGCAUUCAUAGGUACCAGGGUGAGGACUUGAACGUGUCUUUUUAGGGGACCCAGUUUUCUCCACUACGAAGUCCAGCUAGCAUGUCAGCUUUCCUGGUCUGAAGUCACCUCUUCAUCAGCCCUGGUUGCUGUGAUCAUCCAUCCUGCUGCUUCCCCUCACAGCCUCCAGUCUCAUUACCUGUGAGGUUUUCUCAUUAAACUCUGUUUGAAUGGGUCUUAAAAUUCUGUGGUGGAGUUUUGGUCAAGUUGUUUCCAUGAACAAGUACCGAGUGUCUGGAACGCACUGAUGUCCAUCAAGCAGGUGCCGUGUCUCAGGCUGGGUUUUGGCUCUGAAUAAGGCUCCCUAGAUAGUGUGCAGCCCGGUGGGAAGAGAAACAGCAGAAAAGGUUUCCAGAUGUGCCUCGAUGUCAUGUGAUGCUCUGCCUCGCACAGACAGAAAUUUCACAUCUGUGGACUCACACACUCUGUGGCCUUUGUGUCUGGCUCCUCUUCCUGAACAUCGUGUGUUCAAGGACUUUCCACGUGUUGUAUCGAGUGUCAGAGCUUCACUCCUUGUCAUGGCCGAGUGAUAUUCCCUGUGUGGAUGGACCACCUUGAGUUUGUCCUUUCAUCUGUAUAUGAACACGCAGGUGCCCAUGAGGAUGUUGGUGGGGCCCUAGGCCCAGGUUCCGUAGGCUCCGCACCAUGACCUGCUGGCUGUGCGUCCUGAGCCUGCAGCUGCUGCUCCUGCCUGCGGCUCCGCCCCCGGCGGGGGGCUGCCCAGCUCGCUGCGAGUGCACCGCGCAGACUCGCGCAGUGGCCUGUCCCCGGCGCCGGCUGACUGCUGUGCCCGACGGCAUCCCGGCCGACACGCGCCUGCUGGAGCUCAGCCGCAACCGCAUCCGCUGCCUGAACCCAGGCGACCUGGCCUCUCUGCCGCUGCUGGAGGAGCUGGACCUGAGCGAGAACGUGAUCGCGCACGUGGAGCCCGGCGCCUUCGCCAACCUGCCGCGCCUGCGCGUCCUGCGCCUGCGCGGCAACUUACUCAAGCUCAUCCCACCGGGGGUCUUCACACGCCUGGACAACCUCACGCUGCUGGACCUAAGUGAGAACAAGCUGGUUAUCCUCCUGGACUACACCUUCCAAGACCUGCGCAGCCUCCGCCGGCUGGAGGUGGGCGACAACGACCUGGUGUUCAUCUCGCGCCGGGCCUUCGCGGGGCUACUGGCGCUUGAGGAGCUGACCCUGGAGCGUUGCAACCUUACCGCGCUGUCGGGCGAGUCUCUGGGCCACCUGAGCGGCCUGGGCGCCCUGCGGCUUCGACACCUGGCCAUCGCCGCCCUAGAGGACCAGAACUUCCGUAGGCUCCCUGGUCUGCUGCACCUGGAGAUUGACAACUGGCCGCUGCUGGAGGAGGUGGCCCCGGGCAGCCUGCACGGCCUCAACCUCACCUCGCUGUCGGUCACCUAUACCAACAUCACGGCCGUGCCAGCUGCCGCGCUGCGCCACCAGGCCCACCUCACCUGCCUCAACCUGUCGCAUAACCCCAUCAGCACCGUGCCCCGCGGGUCCUUCCGCGACCUGAUCCGCCUGCGUGAGCUGCACCUGGCCGGGGCCUUGCUGGCCGUGGUGGAGCCACAGGCCUUCCUGGGGCUGCGUCAGAUCCGUCUGCUCAACCUUUCCAACAACCUGCUGUCUACGCUGGAGGAGAGCACCUUCCAUUCGGUCAACACUCUGGAGACCCUGCGCGUGGAUGGGAACCCCCUGGCCUGCGAUUGUCGCCUGCUGUGGAUCGUGCAGCGCCGCAAGACCCUUAACUUCGACGGGCGGCUGCCAGCCUGCGCCACCCCUGCGGAGGUUCGCGGAGACGCGCUGCGCAACCUCCCCGACUCUGCGCUCUUCGAGUACUUCGUGUGCCGCAAGCCCAAGAUUCGCGAGCGGCGGCUGCAGCAGGUCACGGCCACCGCAGGUGAGGACGUGCUAUUCCAGUGCCGCGCGGAGGGCGAGCCAGCGCCCACUGUGGCUUGGGUGACGCCCCAGCACCGCGCGGUGACCGUCGCCAGCGCGGGCAGGGCACGCGUACUGCCCGGGGGCACAUUGGAGAUUCGGGACUCCCGGCCGCAGGACAGCGGCACCUACACGUGUGUGGCCAGCAACGCGGGCGGCAACGACACCUACUUCGCCACGCUGAUCGUGCAGCCCGAGCCGGCGACCAACCGGACCCUGGGUGAGGGCCGCAACGAGACGCUGGCGGCGGCGCGCUUCCCACUGGACCUCACCACCAUCCUGGUGUCCACGGCCAUGGGCUGCAUCACCUUCCUGGGCGUCGUCCUCUUCUGCUUCCUGCUGCUCUUCGUGUGGAGCCGGGGCCGCGGGCAGCACAAGAACAACUUCUCCGUGGAGUAUUCCUUCCGCAAGGUGGACGGUCCGGCCGCUGGCGCCGGCCAGGGAAGCGCCCGCAAGUUCAACAUGAAGAUGAUUUGAGGGGUCUCGGGGACGACUUCUAAGUGCCCUGACGGGGCUGCGAGCUCCUGGCCAAGCCAGGAGAUUCUGUCUCUGUCCCCACCAGCCCCUCUCUGGCCUGUCCGAGGACACCUAUGCAUUCUCCAGAGGAGUGGCUGUAAGCUGACUCCUGGCAGAACUCCCCCCUCCCCCCUUUUUUUUGUAGAGACCCAA